CUUCUUUCAAAAGAUAUAAGAAAUUCUCUCAUCCCUCUCAUCUCUCUCUCUCUCUCUCUAUAGAAAACUUUGCAAGACACAGUUCAUUCCAGACAAGGGAGAACAAAAAGUGGAGAAUUCAAUUCCUUCCCAAACAUCAAGAACAAGAACAGAAGAUUUGCUUGGAGAGGUGGAGGGAACAGGAGCGAGAAACUCAGUUUGGGAUGGGCAUAAGAGCAAAACAAGAGAGAUCAUGACAUGGUGCAAUGACUCCCAAAUAAUUUCAACAACUUCUUCUAAAGAAAAUCUUGCGAUCGAUGCGAAAACCGAUGAAAAUACUAUCAUAACAUGCCCGUCAUGUGGCCAUAACAUAGAAUUACAAGAUCAGGCGGGAAUUCAAGAUUUGCCGGGCUUACCUGCUGGAGUGAAGUUUGAUCCAUCAGAUCAAGAAAUUCUUGACCAUUUAGAGGCCAAAGUGUUGUCUGAUACACAUAAGCUUCAUCCUUUAAUUGAUGAAUUUAUUCCUACCCUUGAGGGUGAAAAUGGAAUUUGCUACACACACCCAGAGAAGCUACCAGGUGUAAGCAAAGACGGCCAAAUCCGCCACUUCUUUCAUCGUCCUUCAAAGGCAUACACAACCGGGACUAGGAAGCGAAGAAAGGUGCACACAGAUGAUGAUGGGGGAGAAACAAGGUGGCACAAAACAGGCAAGACUAGGCCGGUCUUUCUUGGAGGGGCAGUGAAAGGGUUCAAAAAGAUAUUAGUGCUCUACACCAACUAUGGAAGGCAAAGAAAGCCCGAGAAAACCAACUGGGUGAUGCAUCAGUACCACCUUGGCAACAACGAGGAAGAAAAAGAUGGUGAAUUAGUUGUUUCAAAGGUUUUCUAUCAAACGCAGCCUAGACAAUGUGGAUCAAGUGUUAAGGAUUCACUUAAGAAAAAAUCAAGGACUCGGAUUGGGCAUGACGAUGAUAGUCCUAUAAUUAAGAACACGCCCUAUGUUGAGUACUAUAAUAAUCCUCCAUUGAUCUCCUACGACAUUGGAAGCCAAAAUAGAGGAAGCUCACCUCAGUUAAUCCCUAAUUUGGUUCUUCAAGGUGAUGGGCCUUCAUUUAUUCAUUUACCCACCAAUUCAAGCAAAGGAAAAGUACUUGAAAGGACAUAGCAUGAAGGACAAGUUACUAGGGCAAGGCAAUAAUGACAAGGACUUGUUUGGUUGUUGUGUAAUAGUAAAAAAUAAGUUAAGAUGGACAAUGUAGAGAUGAAGGGGGUGGGAAUAAGGUUGGUGCUUAAUUUCUUUAACUCUAAGUAUUUAUUCACUGCGGUUUGUGACAUUCGUGAGACACAAAAAUGGAGAGUUGUGAUGUGUUUGUGACAAUGUUACAAACUACGGUGAAUAAUUUUCGUUUUAACUGCAUAGUCAUUUUCUUUGGUGAGUAUUGGGAUUGGCUUGGGCUUAACAAUGUUAUAGUAGUUUUUAGGUAAAUGAUAGGGAUUAUACAAGGGAGGUGGUGCACUAUUGCAACCAUUUAUAUAUUGUAGAGCUAUAUAUUUGAUUAUAGAAAUGUACAAAGAAAAUUCUUGCAAAGUUCACUUGGGGUUAUAGUUUCAUAUUAUUAUGUUCAUCUUACCUUAUUGUUUUA